CAAUAUAUCUAUAACAUUAAUAAAUGACCAGAAAAGUGAAAUUCAAAGAAGAUUUUUUGCUGAGCGUACCAUAUUCUGUCUGUUAAACCGUGAGCAUCUGAAUCUAUUAUUCUCUGGCUUCAGAAACAUCAUGGCAACAUAUGACACAAGCAACAGUGUGGUGCAUCGCACAAGUGCACGAACAUCCGGUGACAAUCAGCCUCCAUCAGAGAAUGGCCAUGAUAAUUUCACUAAUAUGAGGGACAUGACACAGAGAAGAGAAGACAUGAAGAGAAUCAAAGCUGAGGUGAUCAGACAUGUUAAAAACCAUCUGAACGAGGUGCUGGAUCGAAGCUUAUCAGACUCAUUACAGUCUUUCUCCCAAAACACCCAAACUCACACUGAUGAGAAAAGACACUGCAGCAACAGACACAAACUGGAGCAGGGGAAGGUGUUUGUGGCCAGAUGGUCCCUACUUGAUGAGCUGUUUGAGAUCAGUCACAUCCGGACGAUCUAUCACAUGUUCAUUGCGGCUCUCUUCCUGUUCGUCAUGAGCACUUUAGCAGUGGACUACGUCGACCAGGGCAGGCUGGUUCUGGACUUUGAUUUGUUUGUUUACGCAUUCGGUCAGUUGAGUACGGUCAUAUGGGCAUGGCUCCUGAUGUUCAUUUACACGCUGCUCGGGCCGUACCAUGUUGUGAGUGUUUGGGGUGGACUGUACCACAGCGUGCGCUGGAGGGCAUCUGUAUCAGUGGUGUCUGCACUAAUGCUGUGUGCCGCACAGCUGAGCAUGCUGGGAAUAUUUCCAGUGUAUGUAGUUCUGCACUUCCAGCUACCCCCUGCAUCACGAUUCAUCAUCAUAUUAGAACAGAUCAGAUUUGUGAUGAAGAGCUACUCAUUUAUCCGUGAAACGAUUCCCGCCGUUCUCAAUAACACACCACUGAAUGGUGAACAGCUGCAUUAUCCGUCUCUCUCCAGCUAUCUGUACUUCCUGUUUUGCCCAACACUGAUCUAUCGUGAGGUGUAUCCGCGAAACCCAAAUGUCAGAUGGAACUACGUUGGCAUGAACUUUCUAAAGAUCUUGGGAAGUUUGUUCUAUCUGUAUUUCAUCCUGGUGCGAUUGUGCAUCCCUGUGUUUAUGAACAAGAGCAACCAGCCAUUCAGCACACGCACACUCAUACUGGCACUCUUCCAUGCCGCUUUUCCAGGAAUGCUGAUGUUACUGUUGGGCUUUUAUGCAUUUCUUCACUGUUGGCUCAAUGCUUUCGCUGAGAUGCUGCGGUUUGCUGAUCGAAUGUUUUAUAAAGAUUGGUGGAACUCGACCUCUUUCGCUAAUUACUACCGCACGUGGAACAUCGUUGUGCACGACUGGCUUUAUUUCUACGGCUACCGAGACUUCCUGAGGCUGUCGAGUCAGAAGUUUCGUUCAGUGGCCACACUGUCUGUUUUUGCCGUUUCCGCAUUAGUUCAUGAAUACGCCUUCACUUUGGGCUUUGGAUUCUUCUACCCAGUGAUGUUCUGCACAUUCGCCGGUAUCGGUGUGGUGUUCAACUUUGCCAUGAACGACAAACGGAAGAGUCCGGUGUGGAACAUCAUCAUGUGGACAUGUUUGUUCAUCGGUCAGGGCGUUCAUGUUGGUCUGUACUGUCUGGAGUGGUACGCACAGAUCCACUGCCCGCGUACCGGGACAAGCUUCCGAGAGCUGGUGACACCGAGAUCCUGGACAUGUAAUUACCAGUGAUGACACAUCACUGACCAGCUGAACCAAACACUCAUAAAUGAGGGAAAACCAUAAUGGUCUCGCCGAGAGAGCUGCUGAACUUCAUUAGUAUUUCCUGUUAAAUGCAUGUGUGUUUUGAGAGGGAUACUGAUGAUAAACGUACAGAGCUAUUUGUUACAUGAUACAUAACAACACUGGACGAACUGUGACCGAGAAAUGAUCUUGGUGAAUCACACAGAUGCUACAAACAUGCUGGAAAGUUUACUGUGCAUUAUGUUAUAUUAAGUACUUUUUCACAUGAUUAAAAUCUAGCAUAUCAGCCCCCUUAGAAAUGUAGACUACUAGUUGAAGUGAAUGCUGAUUUUAGAAUUGUGUAUAUACAUUUCUACGACUGUAAUGAUGCACUAUUAAAAGUUAAAAAUGUUUUUUUAAACAUUAAAAUGAAUUGAGGUGUUUUUAGGCUUACGGAAAACACCGUAGAAC